UUCAGUCACAUUUCAGCCUCUGCUCUGAGAACUCAUCCUGAGCAGCCCCAAACAGGCUAUAACUUCUCUACAACUGAGAUAUGAUCAUCUUAAUUUACUUAUUUGUCUUGCUGUGGGAAGAGGCUCACGGAUGGGGAUUCAAGAACGGAAUUUUUCAUAACUCCAUAUGGCUUGAACAAGCAGCAGGUGUGUACCACAGAGAAGCGAGGUCUGGCAAAUACAAGCUCACCUACGCAGAAGCCAAGGCAGUGUGUGAAUAUGAAGGUGGCCGUCUCGCCACCUACAAGCAACUAGAGGCAGCCAGAAAAAUUGGAUUUCAUGUCUGUGCUGCUGGGUGGAUGGCCAAGGGCAGAGUUGGAUAUCCCAUUGUGAAACCCGGGCCCAACUGUGGAUUUGGAAAAACUGGCAUUAUCGAUUAUGGAGUCCGUCUUAAUAGGAGUGAAAGAUGGGAUGCCUAUUGCUACAACCCACAUGCAAAAGAGUGUGGUGGUGUCUUUACAGAUCCAAAGCGAAUUUUUAAAUCUCCAGGCUUCCCAAAUGAGUAUGAUGAUAACCAGAUCUGCUACUGGCACAUUAGACUCAACUAUGGUCAGCGUAUUCACCUGAGCUUUUUGGACUUUGACCUUGAAGAUGACCCAGCUUGCUUGGCUGACUAUGUUGAAAUAUAUGACAGUUACGAUGAUGUCCAUGGCUUUGUGGGAAGAUACUGUGGAGAUGAGCUUCCAGAAGACAUCAUUAGUACAGGAAAUGUCAUGACCUUGAAGUUUCUAAGUGACGCUUCAGUGACAGCGGGAGGUUUCCAAAUCAAGUAUGCUGCUGUGGAUCCUCUAUCCAAAUCCAGUCAAGGAAAAAACACAAGUACUGCUUCUACUGGAAAUAAAAACUUUUUAGCUGGGAGAUUUAGCCAUUUAUAAAACAAAUAAGGACACUCAAGUGUUGAUGUUUGUAUCUUUUGGAACCCCUUUGAUCUCACUUUUAUAUUAUUAGUGGUAGCAUUUAUUUAUUAUUUUUCUAAAUGUGAAAGGCAAUAACUGAUAAUUUGGGGAAAAUUGGAAAAUACAGAAAUUUUAAAUGAAAAAAUAAAAUAUCU